CGAGAACAGCUGUUCCUACGAGAGAACCUAUGUGAACUGUCUUCCACAGUCUGCUCAAUUUUCAUACGUUGAGUCGUUAAUAUACAGUCUUGCAGAUGUUAAGUCAACACAUCAUAACAGGGCUGCUGCUUAUUGUCGUUGGGUACUUGCUGCUGGAUGGAAGAACGCCUGCCAUCCCUGAUGAAGGUUUCCAGCCUGUUCAUUGCAAGAAGAAGAAUCCGUUCGACUGUCCUGGCGCAUGCAGCGGUCGUGGAGUAUGCGUUGGAACAACCUGCAAGUGCGCUGAUGGCUAUCUUGGCGAAGACUGCUCUCAAGAUCGCCUGUAUAUUUUCAGAAACCAGCUUCUGGAGAAUGUGGAUUUGGAGCUGACAUUUGAGAGCACUUGCGCUUUCCUCACGCUGGACUCUCUCAGGCCAUAUGGUGGAAAUUACACGGUGUACUCAACCGGAAUAGAUGGACAGCAAGAGGAGUACUUUGUCUCGGAGGAUAUGCAGGCACCGACACUGGGAUAUGAGAAGUAUGUUGGGAACAAGACCACUUUUGAGUCACUGAACGCGAAGUUUGCGCAUAUGUUGAGGCAUGAUGACUCUGAUUGGGAGUGGAGAGACCCUCCUGCAAUUUUUGUAAUGUUUGAGCCCUUUCGUCUGAAGGAAACGUAUGUACACAUCCGCACACAAUUUCCCACCAUAGAGUCGCUUCUCUUCUCGCCGGAGUUUUUUGCCAAAGCCCACCAGAUCUACGAUCGUCUGCAGGACAAUCUGGAGCGAUUUGAGUUUGGAUGUUUCACGGGAGAAAAGCCAAUGUCAGGAUUUUAUGCGGUGCUAUAUGCGCUAUCUGCUUGCGAUCAGGUUGACCUUUACGGCUUUGAGCCGUGGACGGAUGCCAUGGCUAGAGGAAUGAGGCAUGCACGGUACCAUUACUUCAAUGGUGAAGAGCCAAGACCUGGUGCGCAUAGUUUUGAUGCCACGUACAUGAUGUAUGAGUUAAUGAAAACCGUCCCGGACCUACGGUUGAUGGUGAAUGAGAUCCCUAUCCCAACCGAUGAUGAAGAACUUUUGGCGCGAGACUUGGUGGUCAACGAUAAUGGGUUGACUGCGACUGCGGUGCAAGAUGGGGCAGAUUUGGAGGGAGAGGAUGGUGUUGUUGAGCAUAAUCGUGACCGUAAUGGCAUCAGAGAGAGAGGUUCACGAGGUCAUUCUCGUCGCAGCACUGACUGGGCAGUGCGAGGGGAGAUGAAGAGAUCUCAGGAGAACACUGAGCGGGACGAGGGCGUCGAGUUUUGGUGAUGGACGCACUGUCAAGCGAAUGGACUACACAAUGCAGAUGCGAGAGUGCGGGCGGGCAGGGCAUGGGUUGAAGGCAUGCCGCCAUCCUAUCUUGCUAGCCAAGUGAACGGAUGGCGAAGCUAUGUCAAAAUGGUGCAUCGGACAGAGUGGGUGUGGGAUGAAUGGAUGCUCCUGUCCCAUCUUGCUACCGUCUUCCCCCAAACAUAACGCAUAUGCAUUGUAAACAAAUACAAUGCAUCGGCUGCUUUCUAUUCGAAUACAAUGCAUAUGCAUUCUAUUCGAACAGCCCUUGUGUUUCCAGUACAAUGCAUAUGCCACAUGCGUCCGAUUCGGAUUUUCUGAAUUUUCUGAAAACUCGAAUACAACGCAUAUGCGUUAUGUUCGGGGGAAGAAAGUUGCUUCCAUUCCUAAUCAAACUAUUCUAUGGGGAUGGAUGAGCUGAUCAGGGUGAGGUCGGAUGGAUGGAUGCAUGCUCUAGAUUGCUUGCCAUUAGUGCAUGGAUUGAUGGACAGGUGGACGGACGGACAGAUGGAUGGAUGGAUGAAUGGAUAGGUCAACGGACGGCUGUAUAUAUGGAUGGCUGACUGGAUGGAUGGAUGAAGGGAGGGAGGGAGGGAGGGAGGGAGGGACGGAUGAAUGAAUGGAUGAUGGACUGAUGAAUAGAUUGACAGAUGGAUGGACAGGUGGACGGACGGACAGAUGGAUGGAUGGAUAAAUGGAUAGGUCAAUG